AUGACCACAGUCUCAUCAUGGUCUUCGGCACUGCCCCAGUCCUAUCAGUCCGCUACUGCAAGCCUGAAUCCGUGUGAGAAGACGUUGUCGGGCGCCACAAUUGCGAGACCACCUGACGUCGCUCUCCUUCCGAACGGCCGGGUUGAGGUUCUUGUACGUGUCAAUGAGGAACAGCAGGUGGGCGCGCCACAGGCCGUGAGGCAUGUCCUCGACGUAAUUGAAGGAGGCCUUGUCAAUCUCGAAGGCUUUGGACUGCUGGUCGUCCAAGGGCUCGAUGUAGUGGGACGCACCGUGUCCAUUCCACGAGAUAAUCUGGAAGAACACGAGCUUGACAUUCCAGACGUGCUGCUAGCGAUCAUACUGCGUUUGCAGGCGUAUUGGUGGAUGGGUACCCAGGACUGA